AUGGGCCAGUUGACGCGGGACGCGCGUCCGACGGAUCAAGACCUGACCAGAAACUUCCACCGCGACAUGAUUGCCAUGCUGGCUGCUGCCAACGACCCGGCCGUGGUGGCGGAAGCCUCGGCGCUCUUCCACGCUGCAUUUCCGCCCCGGCAUCAACCUCGGCCAACUUGCGCUCGAUCGUGUACAGCAUCCACCGACUUUAUCGAUGAAAAGCUGCAUGUGCUGGGCACGCUGAAGCUCAAAACCCGGUCGUUGGAGUGGGCCGUGGCGAGAGGUGUCCGCAGCCAGGACAUCCACAGCGUGUUCGGCAGUGUCGCAGCCGACGGGUCGCAGGCCAAGUGGGACGCUUUGAGCGCACAGUACUCGCAGAUCAUCGUGUGCCCAUCGUCAACUUCCAGACGGUACAAGCCGUCACGGCGGUCGAAGCGUUCUUGGCCGGGCACCCAAGGCGCGUUUGCCCGCCCACUGGGUUUGUUCUUUGAAAACAUCCGCACAGGGGCUGUCAUGUACGCCCGCGAUAUGACACCGCUGGCGGCGUGGAUCCAAACGCUGUGA